AUGGAGGCUAGGGUGAACGAGAAGUACGAGAGGGAAGUGAAGACCACUGCUGCUGUAUGGCCACGGUCCCGGAAUGCUGUGCUGAACCCAGAUGUUGAUCGGUUGUGUGUGGUGUAUGAGGUUUUCACCAGGUGUACUGGUAAUGGUGGCUCGAAGAAGAAGAAAGUCAACCUUGUGUUCUGCCAUGGGUCCGGUAUGAACAGGGCCAUAUGGGAGUACCACGCGGAUAGAAUUGCCGACUUGAACAGCAACUGGGUUGUCGAUAAGAUUGUGGUUAUUGACCAAGUCAACCACGGUGAUUCUGCGCUGUUGAAUAAAGGUAGGCUCGGUUUGGAGUUCGACUGGUUCGAUGGUGCAAGAGACAUAUGUAAAGUGGCCGAGGAGGAGUUUAAUUUCAUGAAUAAUUACAAUGUCAUUGUUGGACACUCGAUGGGUGGGUUUCAAACUCUGGCAGCUGUGGCGCACAACCCUAAUCUCUUCCAGUUGGCCAUUGUCAUAGAACCUGUCAUAAUUAAGGACCCAUCGCAAUUGGAACCCAAGACAGAGUACUUAUUCUUCCCACCUAACUUCUAUAGAGCUCUGACCGCCAAGAUGACUGACAAUUUUGACUCAAUGCAGGAGUUUGAGGAGUUUAUGGAGAAGAAAAGCUUCUAUGUGAAAGUCCAUCCCGAGAUAAGAAAGCGGCUCACCGAGUUUGAAGCUAUCCAAAGACCAGACGGAUCUGUGGUUACUAAGAUGAAGAAAGUUCACAACUUCAUGUGCUAUGCAACUGAUAAUACAUCGGCAAAGAGAAUGGUGCAGUUGAUGCCAUUUAUUGGCAUCCCCGUGGUAUCCCUAGUCGGGGCAAGCUCGAGAUGGACCCCGCCUGUGAACAACGAAUACGUUAGAACACGCAUUCCUAACUGUAAGGAAGUGAGUGUAGCCAACGGCGAUCAUCUCAUGAACUUGGAGAUGCCAGAUACUAUUGUGGACUACAUCAGUAAGCAUAUCUCCCAGUAUGUAGCUAACCCACCACAAAGAUCGGAAGGAGACUAUGUGCUAGAUCACAACGGGUCUUUAGCUGAAAGGAACCAAUUCUUAGAUAAUUCCUACAAGCAUUUUCUCAACAAGAUAAGACUUCCUCAGAAAUCCAAACUUUGA